GCUGGGGAGGAGAAAGAAGAGUCAAUGUGGACUUAGGCCACAUAAGAUGGAGAUCGAUUUGCCUAGUCUGACAAUGAUGAAAAUCUUCUCCUAUCUGGAUGCCUUCAGUUUGCUACAGGUUGCCCAGGUGAACAAGAACUGGAAUGCACUUGCAAGCAGUGAUGUCCUGUGGAGGAAGUUAUGUCAGAAGAGAUGGUUCUCCUGUGACAUGGAUACCUUACAGAGCCUGAGCAUAGAGACAUGGAAGCAGUUCUUCAUUUACCGAACAAGGCAAGAACGUGCCAAGUCCCGGGCAAAGCCAGAAGAUUUCAUUUACAAGGAAAUUCCUGCAGAAUAUGGAGUUCGGACAUGUGCAUGUUAUAUCUCAGGAACUGGCUUAACAACAAAAGGACAAGGCAAGUCUGUUGUCUGUAUGGUGACUUCUGAGAACAGGAUUUCUACCUGGAGUAUUCGCGAGGGCGUUAUGACCUGGGUAAGCCCAGAACAGCCAGCCAGUAUCAAGCUGUUGACUACCCUCCCUGAGAUGCACAUGGCCGUCACUGUAGAUAUAGAAUCAACUAUCAAACUGUGGGACUGUCAGAGCAGGGAAGCUCUGGCAACUAAUGGCCUGUUCUCUCCCUGUCAAUCACUGAAAGCUGUCUUUACAAAGGAUGGCCCGAUUGUCUUGGCAGGCGAUACCUCGGGUAACCUCUACAUCUUUAGGAUUCCUGACUUACACCUCAUUUCCAGAGUCAAUGUAUUCCCAUACGGUAUCAAUGAACUCUACUGCUCUCCUCAGAAGAAAUGGGUCUUUCUGAGUAAGAAGCACCCACAUAUCUUGCCAAAGGUGUUUUACACGAGGAGCUUACUGAGGACAUCAGAAUUCUCUGCCCCUCUGUCUACAGUUCUCAAAUUUUCAUUGUGCCAAAGAGCCUUCUGGACCCCAAGAAGGGAAGACAGGAUAACCCUGAUGUCCAUACAUCGCCCCCAAAAAAUCACAAAGUUUAUCACAUUUGAUAUGAAGCUAGAAGAGAAUGGGAACAAUAUAAUUGUAACAGGACGUUUCUUGGCAAGCUUCUCGUUGCCAGAACGUAAGGGAAGACCAGAAUGGUUCGGAGUUAGUGCUCAGGAGGUGAUUGUUUGUUCAACUGCAUCAUCUCUCUUGCUCUUCCGCAUGGACGGCACCCCUUUGCAGACAGUUCAGUACUGCCCAGAAGAGAUCUUGAGACUGUGGGUGGACCCCCUUCAUGUCAUCGUCACCUUUAUUGAUGGCUCUUUGGAAGUGUAUGCGUGGGAGGAGAGAAGCCCAGAGCUCAGGAGGUGUUAUCGGCUGCGAAACAGGAGACAUCUGCCACCUCAAAGCCUCAUUAACAAAACACUAUGUGACGAUGUGAGCAUAAUUCGAGUGAUGCUAAAUCGUGCCACCCCCUGCUUUCUGAUGGCAUAUAUCUUGAAAUCUGCUCUUAGCAACUGAGUGGGCUGGGUACCCUUUUCCUCAGUGAUAAUAAACUUCUAUUUGCAA